CCGCCGAGUGCGUGCCCGUGCACCGAGUCCGAGUCAAACCCCCGAGUGCGUGCCCGUGCACCGAGUCCAUCCGACUUGCCAUCUACGCGUCGUUCUGUUAGCCGUGGUCCAAGCACGCCCCUGCGUCAGUGACCGUGGCACUGUUCAAACUCGUGCAUCGGUUAAGCCGUGUCAGUCGAGUUCGUGCCGGCCCGAGUCGCCACGCCGAACUCGGACCACGAAGCUGGCCCUCACUUGGGCUGGUCUGAAGGCGCUCCUCCGGGAGAAGUAUUACCCGACCCACUACAGAGAGAGGAUGGAGAGGCAGUUCUUAGCACUGGAGCGGGGUGCUAGGACUGUCGAUGAGUAUGAGAGGGACUUCACUCGCCUCGGCUUCUUCGUGCCAUACCUGAUUGAUACGGAGGAGACGAGGGCGAGGCACUUCAAGGGCGGUCUUCGCGGGGAGAUUCGCCACCAUCUCGCUGGCCUUGGCGCCCUGACUUAUGCUAAGACCGUUUCUAGGGCUAAGCAGAUUGAUGAGAGUCUCCGACUGGAGGCCAUCCGUACUCGCGCCGCCCGUCAGCCAGCUCACCAGCCACCGGCUCAGCAGCCAACACAGCAGGCCCCACCGCAGCUGGCUCCUCCCCAGCAGCCACAGCGUCAGAACAAGAGGAGGGGGAGGGACCGGCAGGGUAGGAGGGUCCGACAGAGAGAUCAGGCCCCAGCUCAGGCCGUACAGCCAGUUCAGCAAAUUGCCCCAGCCUGCGCUACCUGUGGACGCCACCAUACCGGUGAGUGUCUUGCGGGACGAGGCAUUUGUUUCCACUGCCACAGACCCGAACACUUGAGGGGAGAUUGCCCAGACAGAGCUCAGCGUCAGCAGGGUCAGCGUCAGCUGGCCCCGAACCAGCCACGUGGAGCACCUGCACGCGUCUACGCACUUGACCAGGCACAGGCCGCCGAGCAGCCAGGUACCAUGUCCGGGAUGAUUUCUUUGUGUGAUGUGCCUAUCUUUGCGUUGUUCGACACCGGGGCGACACAUUCGUUCGUCUCGGCCAAGUGUCUAGAGGCCAUAGGGGUCCGAGGAGUGAGUGUCGUCGACCCCCUCGAGAUCAGCCUAGCUUCGGGGAGGAAGAUAGUUACGAGCUCCUUGGCCGAGGAUCUUAGUAUGAGUAUUGGUGGUAGAACUUUAGAGGUGGAUGCGUUCGUGAUCGAGAUGAGGGACUUUGACCUCAUUCUCGGCAUGGAUUGGUUGGAGAGAUAUCAGGCACACAUUCGAUGUCGUGAUAGAGAGGUGACACUACACUUAGCCGAGGGAGAUCGUAUCACGUUCUUUGGGACGAAGACGAGGACCAUACCCCGAGUCAUUUUGAUGGCGAAGGCGACUAAGU